GUUCCAGACAGAAGCUUUUAUGGCGGUAUUGGACAGCUUACUCGCAAAAAAAGAAGAUAAAUCGAGUGUGCCAUCCCCACCAAAUACAAGAAAGGUAGAAAGUUUACGAAAAUUUUCCAAACAUUUAUAGUAUCAGGACUCCCGAGUUUGUUCGAUCUACGGUAAAAGCAUUGCUUCAGGAACAUGAUAUUUAUACAUCAUUAGAGUUACAUCUCACUAAAUUAGUAGCGCUUAUAUGUAACUCUAUCCGAUGUUGGAAAUUUCAGAUCACUAAUGUUGGAAAUUGACGUUGGAAACUGGAUUAAAUUACAAAUCGAAAAAAAAGACUUAGAAUUACAGAAUAAAGGAGGUCGAUCACCAGCCGGGAAGCGAGGCGGUGGGAAAGCUAAGAAGGUAAGCAAAUCAGCUCGUGCUGGACUACUAUUUCCCGUAACCAAGUUUCAUCGACUGCUUAGGAAAGGUCGUUAUGCGAGACGGAUCUCUCAGUCCGCAGCUGUUUAUUUGAGCGCUGUCAUCGAGUAUCUUUCUGCCGAGAUGUUGGAGUUAUCCGGGAAUGCUUGUCGGGACAAUAAACGUCAGCGACUUAUCCCCCGUCAUAUCGUGCUUGCUAUGAAGAAUGACGAGGAGCUGAAUCAGUUCUGUGCUCGAGUUACCUGUCCCGGUGGUGGCGUCUUACCAUUUGUACAUCCAGCUCUAUUCGCAAAAGGUGCAAACUCAGUACCGCUGCGACCAGUGCGGCGAAUCAGUACCAGUUUGUGCGAACCAGGAACGACAUAAUCUACUGUCUUAUGUUUUGGCUCUGUAUCUUGAUCGCAUCGCAUGGGAAUCUUUUGCAAAAACUUAAUGGUCAUGUUGUUUGCAGAAAACCCAAGCCUCGCAUAGUUUGAUUUUCCUAACCUUGCAGAAUUCUGAUCUCCCAUUCAGAUGGGUACUACCGCUUCAUAAGCCAUAUCAGUACACAAAUUUGUAUAGCUCGUUGCCUCGUUCCCUCUUCCUCCAUAAC